CGUGUUGCUUACAAGCUCUACUUUCUUGACACUUCUUCUUUAAAAACUUGUUUCUACAUUUCCCUUUUCCUAAACAAGGCAAAAGGAAAAUAAAAAUUAAUAAAAAAGAGUUGUUUGUACAUUCAUCAUCAUCGCCACAUUUUUCAAAUUUCAGACAAAAACAUCACAGCCACCUCUGCAGAAAUCACAACCAAGCAAAACCUUUCUCCAGUGUGAACGCAGAAACCCAAAGAAGCUUCUUUUCCUUGUCUUUUUGUGCUUUAAUUUCUGAGCUUUCAAUGACGGAAGCCGGUAGGUUUUAGUUGAGACUUGGCCGCUUCCAUAAAUUUCAACACUUUCAACCUAAUCCUGUUUCAAACAUAGCCCACAAUUCCUAUAAAGUAUAAACAUAUCACAUUCAAUUCGCUUUCCAUUUUCACCCCUUUCUUCACCAAUGAUCGUCUAAAAAAGUUUGAUCAAUCUCACACCAUUAAAUUCCUUCACACCAUGCAUCUAAAGAGCCUCUGUUUCGUUCUUCCUACAGAGCUUGAUGAGCCAGACCACAAGGGAGUCGAGAAACCAGCCGCCGCCGGUCGCGGCUGCGGCGGCCUCGCCCUCGACCACCUCCGCCGCUCGCUGCAGCGGUUCCUCCGCUCCAAAUGGGCGGCCCCCUGCCACCACGACGCGGCUAGGAGGAAUCUCUUCGCGGCGUUCGUGGACGCGGAGGGCGUGCAGAUUCAAGAGAAGGUCGGCGGCGAGAAUCCGCGGAUAUUCAGCUACUCCGAGCUGUACGUGGGCACGAGCGGGUUCGACAUGAACGAGGUCCUCGGCAGCGGGGGCUUCGGCCGCGUCUACCGCGCCACGCUGCCUAGCGACGGCAGCAUGGUGGCGGUCAAGUGCCUGACGGAGCGAGGGGAGAGGUUCGAGAAGACCUUCCUGGCGGAGCUGGUGGCCGUGGCGCACCUCCGCCACCGCAACCUCGUGCGCCUCCGCGGCUGGUGCAUCCACGAAGAGCAGCUGCUGCUCGUCUACGACUACAUGCCUAACCGGAGCCUCGACAGAGUGCUCUUCAAGAAGCCGGAAAACGGCGACGCCGCUCUCCUCAGUUGGGAGACAAGAAAGAAGAUCGUCAACGGAUUAGCAGCUGCUCUGUAUUACCUUCACGAGAAGCUCGAGACGCAGAUCAUCCAUAGAGACGUCAAGGCCAGCAAUGUCAUGCUCGAUUCCAACUUCAACGCGCGCCUAGGCGACUUCGGCCUCGCCCGUUGGCUCGAACACGACCUCUCCUACAAGCCCAAGACGCCCCCGGUAGUCAAAAAUCGGCAGUUCCGGUUGGUUGAGUCCACCAGAAUUGGUGGCACCAUAGGCUACCUGCCUCCCGAGAGCUUCCAGAAGAGAAGCAUAGCCACAGCAAAAGCUGAUGUGUUCAGCUUCGGUGUAGUUGUGCUGGAGGUCGUCUCGGGGAGACGAGCCGUUGAUCUAACGUACCCCGAUGAUCAGAUCAUCCUGCUCGACUGGAUCAGACGGCUCUCCGAUGAGGAGAUGCUCGUGCAGGCCGGGGACAGCCGGCUGCGUGAUAGAUCAUCCAAACUCUCUGAAAUGGAGCUCUUGCUGCGCCUUGGGCUUAUGUGCACUUUCCACGAGCCACAGUCGAGGCCGAGUAUGAAAUGGGUUGUGGAGGUCCUCUCGGGCAACAUAUACGGCAAACUGCCCGAUCUCCCCUCGUUUCAGACGCACCCCCUUUACAUCAACCUAACGUCUUCGAGCAACACGAGCAUGAGCAACACCGGGAUGACAAAGUCGUCUAGGACGAGCAGCAGCGCCACCACGACGGCCUUCUACUCGUCCGACUUCGUCACGGCUAAUGCAGAGACCAUAUACGUGACCGCUGAGUCCGAGAGGAGCAGCAGCAUUCCUCCGAGCAAGACGUGUGCUAACGGGAAAUGUAAUUUCCCUGUGGUGGAAACUCCGAGAGUCUUCACAUACGAGGAGAUCGUCUCUGCCACGAACAAUUUCUCCGAUUCAAGGAGGGUGGCGGAGGUCGACUUUGGGACUUCGUACCACGGCUUCCUCGAUGGACGUUGCCACGUCAUAGUGAAGAGGCUGGGGAUGAAGACAUGCCCUGCGUUGCGGAUGAGGUUCGCUAACGAGUUCAAGAACAUGGGAAGGCUCCGACACCGGAACCUGAUCCAGCUCCGCGGAUGGUGCACGGAGCAGGGUGAGAUGCUCGUGGUCUACGACUACUCGGCCAGCCGCCUCCUCAGCCACGUCCUCUUCCAUCACGACGAUCACAAGAACUGGCAAUCGAAGCUGCCUUGGCGCCAGAGAUACAAUGUGAUCAAAUCACUUGCUUCUGCUGUUUGCUACCUGCAUGAGGAAUGGGAUGAGCAGGUGAUUCACCGAAACAUCACUUCUUCUGCAAUAAUCCUAGAUCAAGAUAUGAACCCGAGGCUCGGUUCGUUUGCUCUUGCCGAGUUCUUGACAAGAAACGAACAAGGCCAUCAUGUAGUCAUCGAUAAGAAAAAGUCCGUUCGAGGGAUUUUCGGUUACCUGUCACCGGAAUAUGUAGACUCUGGUGAGGCAACUACGAUGGCUGAUGUUUACAGCUUUGGAGUGGUGCUGCUCGAGGUCGUUACGGGACAUAUGGCAGUCGAUUUCAGGCAGCGUGAUGUGUUGUUAGUUAAACGAGUACAUGAAUUCGAGGCACAGAAGAGGCCGUAUAAGGACUUGGUGGAUUGGAGGCUGGAUGGAGAAUAUGAUGAUAAGGAAUUGAUGAGGCUAGUGAAAUUAGGGCUGGCGUGUACACGGUCUGAUCCAGAUCGACGACCGAGCAUGAGGCAGAUAGUGAGUAUACUUGACGGUCAUGAUCACUGGCUCGUGCAGACACGCUCGAGGAAGGAAGGAAGAGAAGAAUGGAGACAGAGAAACGCACCUUCGGUGUGUCUCGUUAGAAGAAUUCAAGCUCUUGGAGUACAAUGAUCUCGUCUAGGUUUCGACACCUAUGUUUGAGAAGCAUAUGCUUGUUCUUUGAUUUGUGUAAUAUAGAUGCUGUUUUUCUGGUUCUUGAGAUGCUUAGGGACGAGUUUGCUUUCAAGAGUGGCAUUAGUGAGUAAGAAUGUCUGAGUGUGGGAUGUUUUGUACAUGAGUUAAAAAUUAAAAAAAACAGACUUUUAGUGCA